UAAACGCAAAUGGUGCAGAUGUCAACAAAAGUUUCUUGACUUAUAUUGCAAUAGGUAAUAGCAAAAAAAGAGAUUGCAGUGAAACUUUUAUCAGAAAAUGUAAACUUAAGAGCAUCACACGUAACCCUUUGCGACGUGAUGUCUUCCUACACUGGCAGGAGGUUUGUUAAUCCGCUUAACAAGAAUAUUGGAAGGCGUACAGGAAAAGAUGUUCGAGCUGGUAAACACAUUAGAAUUGGAGAAGAUGGUUUUGAAAAUUUUGAUGAUUACUUCUCAGAAUCGGAUGCAGAAGUCAGCAGGAAUUAUUCUAGGAGACAAACUAUAAGAGAGGAGUCUGAAAGCACUGGUACCCAGGACUCGGAGGAUGAGAUUAAAGAGAACCAAUCUUCACAUUGUAACAGGGUGUCACAGAGUAUGCCAAGUGCAGCCUUGUCAAACGUUACAUGUAACAAAAUCCUGUCAAGCCAGACACUUAGUCAGGGUGAUGCACCAAACAGGUCAAAAUUUGGAUGGCUUAGAAACAAAAACAUCGGAAGGAGAACUGGAAAAAACAUCACAGCCAACAAACAGAUAAGAGUGGAUGAGUAUGGCUUUGAAAACUUCGAUGAUUAUUUUUCUGAAACAGAUGUGUCCAGUCUGUCAUCUAGGCUCAGUGUUUCUGUUGUGAAGCCUCAACCAGGAAGGAGUUUUAUCAAUAAACACUUGAUAGAACAUGGACCAGCAUCAGUUAGCUCACAAGAUUCUCACAGAAAUGGCACUGCUGAUGAAGUGGAGAGCAGUGAGUCAAGUCAGGAAGAUAGAAUGAAUACCCAGCAAGAACUGAGAGAACAGAGAAGUAGCAUUACAAACAAUUCUAUAUCUUCUCCCCGAAAUAACUCCUAUACAUCAGAUGAAGAGGGAACAUUCACCAAAGAAACAGGCAAAAAUUCAAUCCAUACUGAUUCAAAUAGAUCACUGUCUGACAAUGAUGAUCAGACAGUAGAAUCAGAGUUAGCCAGAGAAGAAACUUUAAUGAAAAAGCAAGUAGAAAACUCUGGAAAACAAGGAAACAAUACAAGUCAAAUGGCUCAAAGUCAAAGUCGUAAGUCAAGCUAUAUCGAUACACCACUUUCAUCCAAAAGAAGUAGGUCACAUAUUAGCGUUGUAAAUGAUCAAUAUUCUAAUAGUAAAAUAAGUCACCAGUAUACACAAGAAAUUAAAAAUGAUAAAAGUAUUUUGUUAAGAAAAUCAGAGACAGAUAGCAGAGAACAAAAAAAUUCUUCAGGAAAGCAUAAAACAAGUAUUGGAGUAAAUGAAUCAAUACAGACUAAUCAGAGGACAUCUGAAAAGUCUAGAGCUUUUAGUAGUACUCUUCAACAUGCAGACACUAUGAAUGAAACAGAAAAUGAAGAUGGCAGGGUUAGUGAACAUAACAGUGAUGAUGAUCAUGUCCCUGAAGGAAAUGAACUUGAUGACAGUGAUUUGUCACAUGAAGACACUGAAACAGAGGAAGAUAAUGAUCAACAUUCGGAUGAAAGUAUGGCUGAAGAAUCAGAAUCAGAAAGAGCUGCUGAUACUGAAUCUGCUGAUGAAGUGGUUAAAGAAGAAAAAAGAAUUGAAACUGAAGUAACUAAAAGUAGAACUAAACCUAGUCAUGAUGAAAUACUAAAAGAGAAAACAGUAACAAACAGUUGCACUGAGAUAGAAAAGAUUAAUAAGUCAGGUAGCAGGAAUUUAACAGAUGCACAAGUUAAUACGAAUGGAGACAUCAGUGUAUCAGAAAAUGAGAGUGAUAUUUACGAAGAUGGUGAUGAUUUGAGACCCUCACAAGCACAAACUAACAUAGAUGUGGCAGGGAAUAGAAGUGGAUCUAUAACCAAGCUUGAUAUUCCUGCAUCUGUGGUCAGCUUUGAUAGAACUAGAAAAAGAUUAUCAUAUUCAGCAGUUGAGGCGAGCGAGGAGUCUAAACAGAGGAAUAAAAGCAGAGUAGAGAAAGCAAAUGCAGAACUUCUUAAUACAAAGGUUUCACUAGCAUCUAAAAAGGUAAAAGGUCAGUUCCAACCCUUACCAAGUCAAGACAAUACUGAAAAAGAUAACACUGAUGUUAAUAAGAAGUUAACAGACACUGCCAUUGUUACUGGAGAUGUCAGUGAUUUUCUGUGUUUAGCAUCUAGGUCUGCUCUUCCAUGGGGACCUCAAGUUGCAGAUAAUGAUGAUGAUAAUGAUGAUGAUGAUGAUAUUAUGAUACUUGAUUAUGGAAAACAAAAAGGCACAUCUCAGAUUGGUAGAAAAAAGUCUUCUAAAGAUAAAACCAGAAAUCAGACACAAAAAUCGGACACAGAAAGUCAGAGUGACAGUGGAAAACAAACAGAAAUGAAUAAUUUGAAAAAGGGGUCAAAAAGUGAAGUCAAAGUUCAAAAAACAAAACGUAGCAAUAAAAAUAGGCGAAAAACUACGCAUGAAUUAAAAGAAGUGAAUGGAUCAGGUGUCAGUUUGAAGAAAAAGAAGCAGAAUAAGAAACCGUUAAAUGAUGAUUUGGAAGAACAUUCAAAUGUUAACACUAGUGCUGAAAUAUCUCAUUUGGGUGAAGACAUCAAUGCUUAUGAUGAUGGUGAUGAUGUAAAUGAAAGUGUUCAAACUCUGAAUGCUGAGGAUAAAACUGUUGAAACUAAUGUGAAGAAGGGGAAAAGAAAAGGUUUUAACAAAAGUGAUAAAUCUUCUGUUGUGGAGAAAAACACUGCGGUAAAAAGAAAUGGUAAAAAUCAGGUGAGAAAAUCCACAAAGAAUGCUUCUAAUAAAACUGAAAAUAUUGACAGAGAGACAAAAGAAUCAAAUACAGUGACAUCAUGUGUAAAUACUGAUGAAACAGAUAGUGAUAAAGAAAAAGUUGGUGGAAAACAUAAGCCUAAAAAGAAUUCUAGGAAAACAAAUAAAAAGAGGAAUUCCUCAGAAAACAAUACUGAUAAUGUUGAGUUUAAAGAAGAAAUAGAAUCACGUAUGUCAAAAUUAAAAAUGUCAACGUUAAAGAGAAGAGCAAGGGAAAAUCCUGAUGAUAUAGGUUUAAAUGAUGAUGACAAUAAUAAUAACCAUGAAACUGAUGACACUGAUGAAAAUUCACCUGUUCAUGAAAGGAAAAAAUCUACCAAGAAACUGAAAAGAAUAUCAUUGACAGAUGGUGAAAAUUUAAGAGAAAAGAAUGGUCAAACAUUUAAGCGGAAAUCGUCCUCAGAAGAGGAGUUAGAAACAGAAUCAAAGGCAAAGAAAGCAAAAAAUUCAAAAUCAAAUAGGAAGUCAAAAGGAAAAGGGAAAACUUCAAAGGAAAAAAUAAGUGCUUCAUCAUCUGAUAAUGGUGAUGGAAUUCAGGAUGAGGAUGAUAACAUUAGUUCAGAACUUCCAUUAGAUGAAUCAGGGAAGAGAACACCAAAAGCAGAAUCUAGAUUGUCAGUUCCUGUUCAGUUUGGAAGUGGUGUAUCAUUUAGAGUUUCAAGAAGAUCUGAAGUACUGGAAGACAUUGGUUCUGGUUACGUUGGGGAGCCAAGUGUGCAGAUGGAGCCAGCUGGAGGACUUACACCUUGUAUAUCACGUCCAGGUGCUGCUAGGAAGAGUAAAGGUAGAAGAGUGACCAUCUGUCCUGAAGAGAACAUAGAACAUAAUGUCAGUGUAGGAACACCUGACGAUGGAAAUUCCCCAUCUCGUAUCAACAAGUUUAGACAUAGCUUUGGAGCAUCAGUUAAUGCCACCCCUCUCCCAGAUCCUAACUCCACACCUGUACAUAUUUGUGAGACAACACAUACAGCGACGCCUCAUCCUGGACAGUGUGAAGAAAGUGUUAUAGAAGACAGACUUAUAAAGCCAUCGCCUCCAGAGGAAGGUUUGAGAAGGUCUCAGAGAACCAGAUUGAAGCCUAUUGCAUGGUAUAAAAAUGAACAAGUUGUCUUUGACUACAGAAGACGAUCUGGCCCAGCCAUUAUUGGUGUGAAACCAUCACUUGAAGUUAAAUGGAAUAAAAUGGAAGAGGAAAAGAGAAAGAAGAGAAUGCUGAAAUAUCAGAUAAGGAAAGCAUCUCAAGCAGGAAGAGACAAGCCAUACAGAAAGUUAUCAAUCCACACAGAAUUACCUAAAGGUAUAGAUCUUGAGGAAAACUCUGACCCUGAGAUAACUAUCUACAACCAGAACACCCAGGCAGAGGAUGGAAUAGACUGUAUAGGAAAAAGAGAUGCAUUCAAACCUGUUGGUCCAAAACAUGAAACACCAAAGAAAGAAGAUCCUUACCUCAUCACACAACAGCUGAGUCAUCCAUGUAUGUCAGCUGGAACAUUGUGUAUAAAGCCAAAUGCUGAGAAACCUGAACAACUUGUCACAGCAGAUUAUAUUGUUUUCUUCAUAGAGCAUGGGAAAGUAUUGGUAAAAAUACACAACACUACAGUGUUGGUAGAGACAGGAGACACAUUUCUGGUUCCUGUAGGCAAUACAUACAGUAUAUCUAACCUGCGCUCAGACACUGCUAGACUCUUCUAUACAAUACAUAAACAGGUGGACAUUCCUGAUAAAUCCUCACAAAAUCUACAUGAAGGCUUAUAGUUUUAUACAUGAUGAAAAUUGGUUCUGAUAGCUAUGGAAACUUAUAAUACCUGUAAAAUCUUGCAUGUUGAAAUUUUUCAUGUUUUUGGACCUCUGUCUGAGGCAGAUGGAUACAGAUAUUAUUAUGAUCUCUUUGAAUAGUUAAGUGAUCAGGGACUUGUAUUAAGCACGCAUUUUAAUCUAAAGUUAAAGCAAUAUGCUGUAAAUUAAGGGAACAUAUUUCCAGCCAGCUCCUGUAUAAGAUCUGAUAUGAUAUCUGUUGAACUGCUGUAUGGCCCUCAGUAACAUACAUGAUUACAUGAUGCCUUGUAUAAUUGGCUGGUCUAUAGUCUAUGCUAUUGAAUGUGCUAUAGUUCAAUGGUCAAUAGUUAAACGCAAAAUGUUUCUGGGCUAAAGUCAAAACUUGGAAGAUAGAGCUUUAUGAAAAUUUAUUUAUGAUGACAUGUAAUAAAACACAUACAUAAAAAAAUUAUUGGCUUGUCAGUCAGUCACCAAAACUAUUGCCUGGCAAGACAUUUACUGAUUGCUGUUAUGGUGUAUUUAAUCAUUUUGCAAUUUUGUUCAAAAUGCUUCAUUCAUUUAUGUUUGUUAUUGAUUUUCCAUACCAGUAAUGAAAUGGUAUGUACUACAGACAAGAUGGUAUGUAAUUUAUACAUUUGAUUUGCAUUGGGCUGUCUUAUUGUAAAAAUGAUUAUAAAGGGUUUUUUAACCGAUUUAUUUGAAUUUUUUGUAUGCUUUGUUUUUAAAUAGGUCUAAUUAUUUACAUAGAGAAAUGGUAAUGAAAACUUAUUAUGUCACUUAUUUAAAA